AUUGACAAAGAUGCCGAAGUGAAGUGCUGUUAAUGCUGUUAUUUUAUUUAUUGUAAAUAAUGUGGUAAUUAGUCAACAUGGUGAAUAAAGACUGGUCUAAAGUUGUUCCUGCUCUUUCGAAGCCUGUUUUGAGCUGCAUUAGCAAGCAGGGUUUUAAAUCUAUGACACCUAUUCAAGCUGCAGUAAUCCCUCUUAUUUUGUCGUGCAAAGAUGUGGUUGCAGAGGCUGUUACAGGUUCAGGGAAGACCCUGGCAUUUGUGGUGCCGAUGUUAGAGAUGAUAUUGAAGAAGACCAAGGAGAGUCCGUUACGAAAAGACUUUGUUUAUGCUGUUAUAAUAUCUCCGACAAGGGAGCUGGCAACGCAGAUAUUCAAGGUUAUAGAACUAUUCCUUCAAGAACCGGAGUUGUCUGACGUCACGUUGGCCUUGCUUGUGGGCGGCCGAGCUAUAGAGGCUGACGUACAGAGUCUGCAGCGUGGAGCACACAUUGCGGUGUGCACUCCAGGACGGUUACAAGACCUGCUUGCUGAGAGGAAACAACUGAAUCUGGCUGGAAGGCUUAAGGAAUUGGACAUCCUUGUGCUAGACGAAGCAGAUCGCCUUCUCGACCUCGGAUUUAGCGCGACUCUCACCACCAUCCUACAAUACCUGCCAAGACAGCGUCGAACUGGCCUCUUCUCCGCCACACAGACGAAAGAACUUCAGGACUUAGUCCGUGCCGGGCUACGGAAUCCCGUAGUAGUCAGUGUUAAAGAGAAAUCAACAAUAAGUACACCGCUUCUAUUGGAAAAUUACUACGUAAUAGUAGAACCGCAAGACAAGUUUCUUUUCUUACUGAACUUUAUAAGGAACAGGAAGAUGAUAAAAGGGUUGUUCUUUCUGCCUACUUGUGCGUGUGUGGACUACUGGUCCGAUGUGUUACCAGUGUUCCUGCCCGAUAUAAAAGUGUUUGCUAUUCACGGCAAGAUGAAACAGAAACGGAGCAAGAUACUGGAAAAGUUUAGAGAAGCUGACAAUACAAUUCUGUUGUGUACCGACUUGUUGGCUAGAGGUCUUGACAUCCCAGAAGUGGAGUGGGUACUUCAGUGGGAGCCUCCAACGAACCCUGCGUCUCUGGUACAUCGGGUGGGGCGCACGGCGCGGGGCGGAGCCGCUGGGUGCUCACUGCUGCCCCUACUGCCCACUGAGGACACCUACAUACCCUUCAUCAAGACCAACCAGAUGGUAGAGCUCAAAGAUUGGCGGAAAUCCAAGGAUGAAAUUAAGAUCAGCGAGAAAUUGAGAGAUAAGGUACUUGCAAUACUUCAUAACCAACAAAAGAGGGACAGAGCUAUAUUCGACAAAGGACAGCGAGCAUUCGUCUCUCACAUGCGAGCAUACUCUAAACACGAAUGCAAUCUUCUCUUACAACUAAAAGAACUACCAUUGGGCCAUAUCGCCACCAGCUACGGCCUUCUAAAGCUACCGCUAAUGCCUGAAAUAAAACCAGAACAUAAGCUACAGUUCAUAGGUCCAAAAGAAGAAAUAGAUUUUAAUAGUAUACCAUACAGUGAUAAACAGAAGGAACAAAGUAGAUUGCAAAAGUUGGAAGAGUAUAAGAAGACAGGGGUCUGGCCAUCAAAGAAGAAAAAGAAGAUGGUACAAACAACACCAUGGGAAAACGCAAAGCAAAACAAAGAAGAUAAAAAACUACGGAAGAAGAAGAGAAAGGAAUCAAAACAGAAUAAUGCAGAUGGAAAGAAAGGAAAAAAGAGGAAAGCAGUGACACAGGAGGAAUUGGACGAACUCGCUAAAGACGUGGCUCUAAUGAAGAAGUUAAAAAAAAGAAAGAUUACGCAAGAACAAUUUGAUCAGCAAUUCGAUUUAGAAAAAUAAAUUUACGAAAAUCA